AGAGUGCAGUCACAGGCAGAGCGGUCGCCGAAGCGAGUGGUCCUCCUUUGCUGUUCUCUCUGGGGGUUUUUUCUUCCUUUUCCUCGUUCCCUUCUUCCUCCUCAUUUCCUUGAGGGAAGCAGAGUUUUUUCCAUCUCUCGUCCGGAGAAGAUAAUGAACUCCGCUCACCAGGAAGAAAAACGUCCCGAAUUUCCUUGACGAAUACUCACUGAAUCCGGGGAAAUGGAACACUGCCAGCUCCUCCAUCAAAGUACAGGGAAUUCCCGGUAAGAGACUGGGAAUACCGGUAUUCCUAAUCAACCAGAGCAGGGAUUACAGCCAGGGAACAGGUGGGAUCUUGGUGAGAGAGCUGGACCUGGACUAAUGCUCCCACUGUUGGAUAGAGACUCAGCUGAUCCCUCCUCUUAUAGAUAGGAGCGUUGGGAUUCAGGAAGACCACACGGACACUUCCCAACACAUUGACUGUGUCUUAUUAUCCCACUCUUUUAUUCCAGCUGGUAAGACUGUUUGCUUACUGGGAGGACAGCGUCGGCUUAACUGCUUGAGUGUGGUCGGACUGUACCGUGUGUGUGUGUGUGUGUGUGUGUGUGUGUCUGAGACUAUUUGGUGCCCCAGAGGAAGAUGCCUGCCAUUCUGCUGGCCUCUAAGAUGAAGUCGGGACUGCCCAAGCCGGUGCACAGCGCUCUGCCCAUUCCACAGGUGCCCUCGCGCCCCCUGACCCUGCCCCUACCACUGCCCGUGCCCCUCAAGCCCUCCGACAGACACGUUCUCAAGGUGGGCCCCCAGGGGGUCUGGGGAGCCCCCAAAACCAGGAGCGCUCCAGCGACAGACGGUGGUAUUGACACUCAGAUCUAUACGGAUUGGGCCAACCACUACUUAGCCAAGUCAGGACACAAGCGACUUAUCAAGGACCUGCAGACAGACGUCACGGACGGAGUGCUGCUGGCGGAGAUCAUACAGGUUGUCGCCAAUGAGAAGAUUGAAGACAUCAAUGGCUGCCCUAAGAGUCGUUCUCAGAUGAUUGAGAACAUUGAUGCCUGCCUCAGUUUCCUGGCAGCCAAAGGAGUCAACAUACAGGGCCUGUCUGCAGAAGAGAUCCGGAAUGGGAAUCUGAAGGCCAUUCUGGGGCUCUUCUUCAGCCUGUCUCGCUACAAGCAGCAGCAGGCCCACCGCCAGUACUCCCAGCCCCACCUUAACCCCCAGCCCCAGAGCCCUCAACCUCCCCUGAGCCAGCAGACCAGCGCCCCUGCCCAGCUCAGCAGCCACCCCGCCCCCACUACGCAUGAGACUCCGGCCCCCACAGCACAAGCAGCCCAGAAAACAGCACAGGCCGAGAUGCAGUCCAGGGAUGGGUCUCAGCGUAAACUGCUCAGGUUUUCCCUUGGUCAGAAAAAGUCCUCUAGACUUCCAGGCCCUAGUGCGAGGGUGUCCACUGCUGGCAGUGACAUCGCACCUCGCGGGUCGGUUGGCGCCGCCGGCAACCGGAGAAGUCAGGGCUUCACAGACAAGACCAAACCAGCAGCUCACAAAGAACCCUCAGAGGGCAUGACUUCACAGACUCCGGUAAUGACUGAGCAUGCUCCGUCGUCCCCAGCGGCCGUCAGCACUUCCGCCAACAGCGCCUCUACCUCGGCCCCCGUCCCUCCAGCCUCCUCCUCGGCCAUCCCCCACCCCAACUCCAGCAGCAAGCCCUGGAGGAGUAAGUCUGUGAGCUCCAAGCACACCUCCUCCUCAGCCAUGCUCUCUGUCAAGCAGGAGAAGGAUGCCUCCUCGAAGGCCUCCUCGUCCACCGAGCCCCCCCCUAAAGUUAUCCAACAGAAGUCUAUGCUGGAGAAGCUCAAGCUGUUCAACAGCAAAGGUGGAUCUAAGUCCUCGUCCUCCAGCACUCAGGGGGCUCAGGCGGACUGCGGUGCCCCCGCCCGGCAGCUCGGGGCUGGUGGAGUGGAGAGGGCAGAAGCAGGGUCCAACACUGACUCCCUGGAGGAGGCGGAGGGGAACGCCCGUCCUGGCGCCAACGGGACCGGUAACGGGACGACCCACGGUGGUGCCCCAGCCCAUGUCCCUACCAUCGCCACAACAACCAGCAGCCCCAAGAUCGCACUGAGGGGAAUCGCUCAGCGCACGUUCAGCAGAGCUCUGACCGCUAAAAAGAGCUCAGUGAAAGGACUGGAGAAGGAGAAAGAGAAGGAGAAAGAGAAGGAGAGGGGGAAGGAAAAGGAAAGAGGGAAAGAGGCGGGGAAACACAUCUCCACCACAGAGAGGAUGGAACUCAGGGGGGAGGAGCCUAAGGAGGAAGCGACUACCACUGUCGCAAUGGAAACGGAACCCUCUUCCAAUAAGAGGACUUCUAAAAUCGCCUGUUUCAUACCCAAAGGGAGCAAAGUGGCCAAGAAGGAGAGUUCUGUCCCUGCACACAGCGGCAUACCAAAGCCAGGGGGUAAAACCUCAGGGGUAGGGGGGAAGGCGCCCUCGGCAGGGGGGAAGGAGGGUGGGGAGCGUCCCCGGAGCAUGCGGUUGGGAGGGGGUCUGGUCCUGCACCGCGGACACCUGGACAAGGACAGGGACAGCAGACACUCUAGCUCCACCUCUAGUCUGGCUUCUACAGAGGGCAAGGCCUCACAACAGGGCAAUUGCGCCGCCCCAGUGGUGGAAGGUGGAAGUGGUGGCGCUACACAGAGCACAGCCUGCAACACGGUCAGUGUCCAGCUACCUCAGCCUCAGCAGCACCACAGCCACCCCAAUACAGCCACCGUAGCACCCUUCAUGUACAGGUCACAAACGGACGUGGACGGUAUCAUGGCGACAGAGGCAGGGUCAGGAGGAAGGGGCGGGGAAAACGUUCCCUUUAAAACCAGCCAGCUAUCCAUUGAGGACCUCUCAGAAGAUCCAGAGACGCGGAGGCUGCGGACUGUUAAAAACAUUGCAGAUUUGCGCCAGAACCUGGAAGAGACUAUGUCCAGUCUACGGGGGACUCAGAUCACACACAGCACCUUGGAGACAACCUUUGACAGCAACGUCACCACGGAGAUCAGCGGUGGCGGCGGGAGUGGGCGGAGCAUCCUCAGCCUCACUUCCUCCCGGCCCUCCCUGUCGUCAUGGCGACUGGGCCAGUCCAGCCCCCGUCUGCAGGCGGGGGACGCGCCCUCCACGGGGAACGGCUACGGUGGUCGUGCCUUGGGAGGAGGAGGAGGGCAGGGGGGGCGCUACUUGUACCCUGGCCCCCUGCGGAGACAGCUGGCGGGGCGGGGAGGUGCCCUCGGUAUGGAUCUGGGGGAGAGAGAGGAGGAUAUUGACCUGGAGGGCAUCGCCAUGGAGGUGACGGGCUACAUGAGUGACGGGGAUGUGCUGAGCAAGAACGCAGCUCGCCCUGAUGACGUCGCCAGUGGCUACAUGACGGACGGCGGUCUGAGCCUGUACACGCGGCGACUCAACCGCCUACCUGACGGCAUGGCGGCGGUACGAGAGACCCUCCAACGCAACACCUCCACGGGCCAGGGAGACGCUGACAGUUGGGAUGACAGCAGCUCAGUGAGCAGUGGCGUCAGUGACACCAUCGACACAGAUGACAUCAACACCAGCUCCUCCAUCAGCUCCUACGCCAACACACCGGCCGCACAGCGCAAGGCCCUCAACGGACAGCCUGUAACGGAUGCUGAGAAACACUCGGCCUCCACCACCCUGAAUCCCGCCUGGUCAGGUGACGAGGUCAAGAGGUCAGACGGGGUGUCGGACAGCGAGGUCAGCAGGAUGGACCAGGGCGCCAAGUGGGCCCGCCGGAACCCCUCGGACGUGUCCGACGAGUCGGAUAAGGCGGGCUCGGGGCGGAAGACUCCCUCAAUGACACACACAGGGUCCUGGAAGGGGGGCUUGAGUGCUCAGGUGGGGGUGACCAGCCCCAGGACCAAAGCUACUGGAACAUCAGGGUCCGCUGUGAUGAAAACCCACAGCACAGGUAAAACAGACGACGUCAAGGUGUCCGAGAAGGGCCGUCUCUCCCCUCGCUCCAACGGCCUCCGCCGCUCGCCCUCCGACGCCGGGCGCAGCAGUGACGACGAGGCCAAGAGAAACACACCCUCUUCCACCGCUGCCUCCGCCCGCACCUCCCACACACACACCCUCACACACGCCCUGUCCGAACCCCACUCCCAGUCUCACACACUGACCUCCCGCACCCCCACCAGCACAUUUGGCUUCAAGAAGCAGAGUUCCGGGAUGGUUACUAUGGUUACCACCAGUGGCGCCACCAUCACGAGCGGAUCAGCUACUCUUGGGAAGAUGCCCAAGUCAGGGACGAGAUCCCUUGCUGUUGGGAUAAAGGUCGGAGGUCAAGAUGUGGGGUCCGGUCUAGGUCACCAUGACGACGGGUACCUCCAGGUGAGCACCCGCUCCACACUGCAGUACCGGAGCCUUCCAAGACCCAGCCGCUCCGGCGCCGCCGCGCGUAACGGGAACCGGUCAUCGACCAGCAGCAUCGAAGCGGCCGUGCUUUCCGUUACCACUCACAGUAAAAGCAGAGACUUGGGAAACACUGGGAAAAUGAAUGGAAGUGGGACUGAGGUCUCGCUAGCCAAUCAGACGGACCGAGAGAAGGGCGUGUCAGAGGGCGUGGACAACCUGAGGGGAGGGGCUUCCACCGUACCCCUCACAGGGAGACAGCAGGUUGCCUCACCCACACUGCGCAGGUUGUUUGGCGGUAAGUCCAGUAAGCAGGUUCCGGUCACCACAGCAGAGAACAUGAAGAACUCGACGGUGAUCUCCAACCCUCACGCUACCCAUGCUGCCCUGGACUCCCCUGGAGGUGUAGGGGGGGAGGGCGAGGGCAGCAGCCCCCUGUACGCAGGACGAAACCUGAGCACCGGCCAUAACACGCUGGGUAGCGAACAGAGUGCGUCCAGCCCCGGCUCUGUCUACUCCUCCACGGGGCCCUCCAACAGCCUGACCUGGGGCACCACCAUGAGCACUGGCUCCUCUGCCCAGAGCAGGGAGGGUACCCUGGGUGGGCACAGCGGGCACGGGGGUGGGGCGGGAAGCCUGGGCUACCCCUCGGUCAGCAGCAUGCACACCAGCAGCGAGUCCAUCGACAUGAGCGUGAGCAGCGCUGGGCAUGGAGGAAGGGACAGCAGGGAGGACACCCUCUCAGCUCUGGGCAGGACCAGCAGCGUCAAGACGGGCAUGUCUGAGAGCCCCCUGUCCUCCCCCUCCGCUAGCCCUAAAUUCAACCGGAACACCUUACCUCGGAAACAGGAAAGGGGUCCACACAGUGAUAGAAACACUCUGCCCAGGAAGGGACUCAGGUAUACCCCGUCGCCCCAGCUGCGAGGUCAUGAGGAGGCUGCGCGGGAUUGGCUGCGCUCCCAUUCGCAGGGCGGGCUGCAAGACUCGACCAGUAACUCGCCCUUCUCACCUGGGUCCAGCCUCACCUCACCUUCCGGGACACGCUUCAACUUCUCACAGCUCUCGGGUAGCACCACCACAGCUGCUCAGAUAAACCUGGCCAGCCUCCGGAACAACAGUCUGACCAAUCAGGACAUCACCUUUGACCCCUGUGGUGACACCCGCCUGAGGAACUCCUGUGUGUCAUUGGACGAGAAGACUCGCACCAUGAGCCGCUCUGGUUCCUUCAGAGAUGGCUUUGAGGAGGUUCACGGCUCCUCCCUGUCUCUGGUCUCCAGUACCUCCUCUAUCUACUCUACGACUGAAGAGAAAUCCCAGUCAGAGAUCCGUAAGCUGCGUAGAGAACUGGAUGCCUCCCAGGAAAAAGUCUCGGCCCUGACAACACAGCUGAGCGCUAAUGCUCACCUGGUGGCAGCGUUUGAACAGAGCCUGGGUAACAUGACCAUCAGACUGAAGAGCCUCAGUAUGACCGCUGAGCACAAGGACUGUGAGCUGAACGAGCUGAGGAAGAACAUCGAGCUGCUGAAGAAGCAGAACAACGUGGCCCAGGCCGCCAUCAACGGAGUCAUCAACACACCUGAACUCACCUGGAAACAGAACAGGACAGGUGGUGGUAGUAAUGGCAGCCCCCUGCAGCAGCAGCCAGACUUACGGAUGAGGAGACAGCACUCGUCAGACAGCGUCAGCAGCAUUGCCAGUGCAACCAGCCACUCCAGUGUGGGAUCCAACAUGGACGCCGACGCUAAGAACAAAAAGAAGAACAAGAAGAACUGGUUGCGGAGCUCCUUCAAGCAGGCGUUCAGCAAGAAGAAGUCCCCCAAGUCCGCCUCGUCCCACUCUGACAUAGAGGAGAUGACGGACUCCUCCCUACCCUCCUCCCCUAAACUCCCCCACAACGGAUCCACAACCUCCAGCCACGUGCUCAGGAACUCGCACUCCAACUCGCUGCUGUCGGACUGUCUGGACGGUGAGGCAGAGACCGUGAUGCAGCUCCGCAGCGAGCUCAGGGAGAAGGAGAUGAAGCUGACGGACAUCCGCCUUGAGGCUCUCAGCUCGGCCCAUCAACUGGACCAGCUCAGAGAGGCCAUGAACCACAUGCAGGGGGAGAUAGAGAAACUGAAGGCAGAGAAUGACCGUCUGAAGCUGGAGAGUACGGGGAGCAGCAGAGCCCCCUCCCAGGCCUCCAUCUCCUCUUCGCCCCCUCACCAUACGCACAUCCUUGCGCCAGGGUCUGGCCUGUCCCAGCACAGCAUCAACCUCACCGAGUCCACCAGCCUGGACAUGUUGUUAGAUGAUACAGUGGGAGAUGGAGUGAUGAGGAAAGAGGGACGACACGUGAAGAUAGUGGUCAGUCUGGACGAGGACCUCUCCCAGAAGGCCAGGGCUCGCCACUUCCUGAUUGGCUGUAUCGGUGUGAGUGGUAAAACCAAGUGGGAUGUCUUGGAUGGGGUGGUCCGCCGCCUCUUCAAGGAGUACAUCACCCAUGUGGACCCAGUCAGCCAGCUGGGGCUGACCUGUGACAGUGUGGAGGGAUACUACAUUGGGGAUGUGCAUCGCCAUAGCAACACCGGCGUCGCUCACACCCCCGAGCUGCUGCCCUGCGGCUACCUGGUUGGAGACAGCGACACCAUCAACAUCAGGCUCAAAGGUGUGAGCAGUGAGAGCGUGGACUGCCUGGCGUUUGACACGCUGAUCCCCAAGCCCAUGCUGCAGCGCUACGUGUCUCUGCUGAGGGAGCACCGCCGUGUCAUUCUCUCUGGACCCAGCGGCACCGGUAAAACACACCUGGCUAACCAUCUGGCAAGACACCUGCUCCUGCAGGAGGGCCGACCCCUGACCCCUCACUCCGUCGUCACCUUCAACGUGGACCACAAGUCUAGCAAGGAAUUACGUCAGUACCUGUCAGGCCUGGCUGAGCAGUGCAGCGGUGACAGACUAGAGGCAGAGAGCCCUCUAGUGGUCAUACUGGAUAACCUGCACCACGUCUCCUCUCUGGGAGAGAUCUUCAACGGGGUGUUCAACUGCAAAUACCAAUGUUGUCCCUAUAUCAUCGGUACUAUGAGCCAGGCCACAUCCUCAGCACCCAACCUACAACUCCACCACAACUUCAGAUGGGUGCUGUGUGCCAAUCACUUGGAGCCGGUGAAAGGCUUCCUGGGUCGCUACCUGAGGAGGAAGCUGAUCGAGACGGAGAUCGGCAGCCGCAAGCGCGUCCUGGAGCUGGUCAAGGUCAUCGACUGGAUCCCUCGCGUCUGGCACCACCUCAACCGCUUCCUAGAGGCACACAGCUCCUCUGACGUUACCAUCGGGCCACGCCUCUUCCUGUCGUGUCCCAUGGACGUGGCUGGCUCCAGGGUGUGGUUCACGGACCUCUGGAACUACUCCAUCAUCCCCUACAUGCUGGAGGCAAUCAGAGAGGGACUGCAGCUGUACGGCCGUAGGUCAGCGUGGGAGGACCCAGCUCGCUGGGUGAUUGACAGCUACCCCUGGUCAGCCACGCCCACACCUGCUGAUUGGCCCCCGCUGCUGCAGCUCCGCCCAGAAGACGUGGGCUUCGACGGUCACUCCGCCCCCAGGGAGGGCAUCAGGAAGGAGCCGUCGCAGAGUGACAGUGACGCAGACCCACUGAUGAGUAUGCUAAUGAGGCUGAAGGAAGCAGCCACUUCCUCCAGCCCUCGGAGAUACGACAGCGACUCCAAUACCAACAGUCACCAACAUGACAUCGUGGACUCAUCGCUGGAGUCAACAUUGUGAUCCGGCGACUCCUCCUUCCCAAGAAGACAGAAAAUGUAUUCAGUUCAAGUUUUUAUGUUCAGCCUAAUGCAACAUUUCUUUCGAAUGCGUGUUUUUCAAGCUCACGCCACAGAAAUCAGGCCACUUUGAUUGUCAUAUCAGGAACACUUUGGGUGCAGGCAACCCAGAACGAGGGAAGAACUGAACAACAAAUAAAGGAGUGAAACAGAAAGCGGCCGCUGCAAUGUUCUAUUUUUUUGCACCGUCAUGGCCAACCGCUCUCCAGCUAAUUCUCAUGUACCGUUUAGACAAACAACUGACAUACACCAGAGUUUUACACUGUGCAUGGAGCAUCAUCUUCCUCUUCGUUAUUUUCCUUAUCGGCAUCGGUACCAUGGUCUCCUUAUUUAAGAAAAGAUCAACAAGCUAGGCUCCUCGCGGCUCUUCCCCAGCUGCAGUGCUCCGAACUGGGCUACAGAUUGAGCUACAGGCCCUCUCCUCUGGAGCAUGGUGCUGGAGGUGUCAUCUUCGUCAUCACCACAGAGACCAAAUUCACUGGUUCCUCAAUGCCCCCAGUGACACACACACACACCCAUCACCAUUCACCUGCCCCUACAUGUGACUCCUUUUGUCCCAAACGGGUCGCCGUAGCAUAAGCUUCUUCUCCAGACGAAAGUCUCUACUUUGGUGCUGGACUGAACGUAAAAAGAUGCCUUACUUUUUCUGUAACAGACUAUGUGCAUAGGCUACUUUUUUAUUUUGUCUUUUUGGCUGUAAACUUACAGGGCUUUAAGUCGACACUCUCUUUGCGUUGUGCCUAGGCAGGUGGGCUUGUAGAACUAUCGUCAUAUCAAACACCAAUGCCAUGUUAUUAAGAGGUUAUUAGGGAAAGGGACUUGGGCUUUAAUUACAUGUAAUUAAUUGUAUUACUCCCAAUGCUGAGAAGUUUGUAAAAGUUUGGAUAUAACUUAUUAAGGAUGACCUGUGAGAUAGAAAAGUGCAUUUGGUUGGUGCUCAAAGUAAAUAAUCAUUUUGUAAUGGAUAUGUAAUGAAUAUGGGGGGAACGAUUAUUAAGGAUUUGUUCUCAUCUCUAUACCUCAUCUACCUUCUAUACACCCCUUUGCGCCUUUGCCAUGCUUGUCGUCUGUUUUGAUUAUGUGAUGUGUAAUGAUUAUUAUUGUCAUGACAAAAUGUUGAGUGAAUAUGUAACGGUGUGUAUAUCCUGCUUUGUUUAAAGUCAUUUUACUUGAGCUCAUGUUUAAAGGUACAAAUGAGAGAAGUUAAAGAUUUAGAAUGGUUAUGGCUUCAGGUCAAAACGUAAUAGAUUGUUUUCUUGGCUUCAGAAAUGUGUAUAUUGUCCCAUUUCCUCCGAACCUUCAUCCCAGGAGAGGAAGUGUGUUUUUUGGUCCGAUAGUUAUUUGUUCCCAGCAUCGCUUCCAUUAUCUUUCAAUGUUUGGGUGUUCCUAGUCAUCAAUCCUAUGCAACAUUCAUUUUGAACUCAAAAUUGAAGCCAAGCCUUAAGGUCAGUUCUUUAAAGUUUUUCAGCACUGCCAAGAGAUGUACAGCAAGUGAAAGAUUUUGUGAAUCAUUUUUGGGGAGCUGGUACAGUCUUUGUUCAUUUACAAAUCAAAUCAAAUGUGUGUCUGUACGCUUGGAGGGGGGGUCUCUUGUCAUAGUAAAUGCAAGCACAAAGAAAACACGGAUAUGUAUGCGUUUGUCAGUCUGUAUAUCCACUUGUGAAAACCCUGCUCGCUUCGAGAGGUUUGGAUGGUGAAACUGGUGUCGCUGUAGAAAUUCACGUGUUCUUAAAACUCAACGAAUGUGUAUCAUUCUAUGCUAUGUAAAAUAUAUAUAUGUAACAUAAGUGUAGAUACUUGAUUACCUUGCAACAUUUUGAUGACUUUUCUAGACAAUUUGUAACUACUUGAAAAUGAGUAUUUUGUGUACAGUCUCUUUUGCAUCAGAGCAGGUGUGUGGAGUGGAUCGUCGAUGUUCUCUCCAGAGCUUGGAGAACUGAUUCUCAAGGUCACUGUACUAGUCUUAAGUUAUUUGUGAUUCAAUAAAAAAAAACAUGGUUAUUUAUUAA